AGAACGGUUAUGCUUGGAGUUCAUUUUUGGUUACACUUGGAGUUGGGAAUUGAGCGAGCCGUCGAAGCUUGAUGUAUUGAAUUGAGCAAUGUCGUUGGUGAGGAAGUGGGGGUCUAGGCAUUUGUGGAAACCUGCGUUGUGUGCAGACUGAAGGUUGAGAUUUUGGGUUGGUAAAGGAUUUGGUUGAGAAACGAGGAAUCUAUUUGUAACCAAUCUUGGGUAGGUGUAGGAUCUGGGCAGGGAGGACAAGAUGACAGACCACGAAGCAGAGCAGGAGAUGGAGAUAGAGGCACUGCAGGCGAUUUUAAUGGACGACAUGCAGGAGGUUACGAGCGCGGAGUGCGGGUUAGUCACAGACGCACGUUGUUUCCAGAUUAGGGUUUCGCCCAUGGACGAUGAUGAAGAUGAGCCGACUGACAUACCCGUGCGAUUAGCGGUCAAUUUCGCCCACACUCCCAAGUACCCAGAUGAGCCACCCUUGCUCAAGGUGCGGAGUUUGCAGGGAAUCAAGGAUGCAGACAUUAAGGAGUUGCAGCAGAAGCUGCAGGAUGAAGUGCAAGAAAAUCUGGGAAUGGCGAUGAUUUACACUUUAGCAACUUCGGCCAAGGAGUGGUUGCGGGAAAAAUAUGGCCAAGAGGAUGUUGUAGAAGAGGAAGAGGAUGAUGUGGAGAAGGAGGAAGUGAUUGUGCCACACGGAGAUCUCGUGACAGUGGAUAGUUUCGUAGCGUGGAGAGAUAGGUAUGAAGCUGAGAUUGCCCUUGAGAGAGCCAAAUUGAUGCCAGAGUCUGUCCUUAUGGCUUCCAAGGAGAAGAAGCUCACAGGCCGGCAGUGGUUUGAGAUGAAGGGAGGGAAGGUCGCGGAAGAGGAUGAGGAGGACAUUGAUGACGAUGAGGAUAUUGAUUUUAGCGACGAUGAUGAAGAUCUUGAUGAAGACGAAAUGUUAUCUUAUCUUGCUGAGAAGACCGAGAGAACUUCUAUUCGGAACUAAUCGAUAACGGCCGAUCGUCCCCUUGAUUGAAUGGACUCAUCUUGGGAGAUAAUGUUGUCAAGUGUUGUUGGUGGUAGUUGUCUGACUCACAAGGUAGAGUAUGACAUUCUCACGAGAUAGAUUUUUACUAAUAUACAUAGGAACGCAAGCUUCAAUAGACGACUGUCUGUAUGUCUCUCUCUAUAUAUAUAUAUAUGAGAUUAAUGCGAGUCCAAACUUGCAAUGGUAUGCGUA